AUGGCUUCCCUUCAAUUACCACUCAAGUCGCUAUUACGUCCUGCUUUUGCUGAAAGCAAUACGUCUGCUCUUGCUGUUUCGCGACAUGUCCAUUACCAACGCCGUUCCUGUCAUCACCAUCACUCGUGUCACCCCUCAAAAUCUUUAACAAACUCCGCAACAACACGCAAAAGACAACCCCAGACUAACCACUUCUCAACCACCCCUUCGCAUCAAACAGACAAACUCCAGUCAGGUCUCGAAUUCAACAAAUCCCAAUGGGCGCCUUCCUACGCCGAGAAAUUCGCCUCUCUCGGCAGCGGCCAACAGCCCCAAAUCCUCUGGAUCGGAUGCUCCGACUCUCGCUGCCCGGAGACCACAAUCCUGGGUCUCCAGCCUGGUGACGUCUUUGUGCACCGCAACAUCGCAAACAUUAUCCACGAAGGGGACCUGAGCUCUUCAUGCGUCAUCGAUUUCGCCGUCGGCGCACUUAAAGUCUCGCAAAUCGUUAUCUGCGGCCACACCUCUUGCGGGGGCGUAAACGCUGCGUUGGGCGAUGCGAAGCUGGGCGUAUUGGAUACCUGGCUCUUGCCGCUACGCAAACUGCGCGCGCAGAAUUUGUCGACUCUCGAGAAGCUAGACUCCAAAAACGCGGCGAUUGUGAAAUUGGCCGAGUUGAAUGUGUUGGAUGGAAUUGCGAAAAUCAAAGAAAAGUCUGUCGUGCUGGAGGCGAUCGAGCAGAGGGGACUCAAGGUCUCGGGUCUGAUUUAUGAUGUUGCGACGGGCUUGUUGAGGACUGUGGAUGGUGGGGAGGAGUCGCAGGAGGAGAUUAAGGCGCGGCUGACGGCUUUCAAGACUAAUUAG